UCGAGAAUGUGCAUUGCAGGGGCGAAGACUGUGUGUGUAACCGGUGCAUCGGGCUACAUUGCCUCAUGGCUCGUCAAAUUCCUGCUCCUCAAAGGCUAUACGGUCAAGGCCUCAGUUCGCGACCCCAGUGAUUCAAAGAAGACACAACACUUGCUUGCACUUGAUGGAGCCAUGGAGAGACUUCAGUUGAUGAAAGCAAACCUGCUGGAAGAAGGAUCAUUUGAUUCUGUAGUUGAUGGCUGUGAAGGUGUUUUCCAUACUGCAUCUCCUUUCUACCAUGCAGUUACAGAUCCACAGGCAGAAUUAAUUGAUCCUGCAGUGAAGGGAACACUGAAUGUUCUUAGGUCAUGUGCCAAAGCGCCCUCUGUGAAAAGGAUUGUUUUGACAUCCUCUAUAGCUGCGAUUGCAUACAAUGAGAAGCCGCGCACACCUGAAGUGGUAGUCGAUGAGACGUGGUGGUCUUCACCAGAGUUUUGCCAACAGAUGAAGAAGUGGUAUGUUCUUUCAAAGACAUUGGCUGAGGAUGCUGCUUGGAAGUUCGUGAAAGAGAAAGGUAUUGAAAUGGUGGCUAUAAACCCACCAAUGGUUAUUGGUCCGUUAUUGCAGCCAACACUAAACACGAGUUGUGCAGCAAUAUUGAACUUGAUCAAUGGUGCAGAAACAUACCCGAAUUCUACCUACGGAUGGAUAAAUGUUAAAGAUGUUGCUCUUGCACACAUUUUGGCAUUUGAGAAUCCUUCAGCAAAUGGAAGAUAUUGUAUAGUGGAGAGGGUUGCACACUUUUCAGAAAUCGUCAAAAUACUACGUCAACUCUACCCUACUUACAAACUUCCUCAAAAGUGUGCGGACGACAAGCCAUUUGUGCCGUUAUUCCAGGUCUCCAAAGAAAAAUCUAUAUCUCUAGGUGUCGAGUUCACUCCUCUUGAAGAAGGAAUCAAAGAAACUGUUGAAAGCUUGAAGGAGAAAAAAUGGUUUAAACCUCAAUCGGGUAUCUGAAUGCCCAUUCUCUUGAGAAUAUGUUGCAUGCUUUGCGUGGGAGCUGACGUAGGCAUGCAACGUAGAUGGUGACGCAUGCGCCUUGUCAUGCUAGUAGGAUGCAUAUAUAUUGAAUAAGAGCACGUGUUACAUUCAUGUCGACGCAAGGAAGGAGUGUGGUAGAUUGUGGGAGUGCUGGUAACGCAAUGAGGAGGGACCACAUUGUAGAGAGGUGUCGAUUAUGUGAGUGUCAUGGGCUAAGGAUCGAGGAUCCGAAGCAGAGUUUGUUAUUAUCAUUCCCUGUUAUUCCUUUGGUUGUAUUUCCCUUGUUCACUUUCGUUUUCAUCAAUAAAGCUCAUUGAAAAUCC